UUCCCUCUUCCUCAGACACUCACUAGUCACUGCCUGAAGCAGUAAUCGGACAACUCUCUUUCUCACUAGGACUGGGUCUCCUGAGAUACCGUGCGGGGCUCCAUGGGUUCCAACACCUAAAAUGAAAAAGAAAAAAGUAGUCUUGUAGUUUACAUUUAUUGUGCUACAGAUUCUACAAACACCUGAAGAACAGUUUUAGAAAGUGUGUUGUCCGUUCUGCUGGACUGAACGAUCUUUCUGUAGAAGAUUUUUUUUUAAAGAAGGGAUAAACACACAGGGAUUCAACCAUAAUUGUAGUCUAUGGAAAUGCAGGAUCUAGCCAGUCCUCACAGCCGAGUAAGUGGAAGCAGUGAAUCUCCUAAUGGUCCCAACCUCGACAACUCCCACAUCAAUAACAAUUCCAUGACACCCAAUGGCACUGAAGGUGAUAACAUCACAAUGCUUACCACUGCAGACUGGUUGUUAGGUUCUAACUCACAGUCCGCUGCAGUUAAAACCGAGCCAAUGAGCAGCAGCGAAAUCGCCACCUCGGUAGCAGACACCUCUCUAGACAGCUUCUCAGGAUCAGCUAUUGGAACCAGUGGCUUCAGCCCAAGACAAACUCACCAGUUCUCUCCACAGAUUUACCCUUCCAACAGAACAUAUCCGCAUAUUCUUCCUACCCCUUCAUCCCAAAAUAUGGCUGCGUAUGGGCAGACGCAGUACACCACAGGAAUGCAGCAGGCCGCAGCUUAUGCUAGCUACCCCCAGCCUGGCCAGCCCUAUGGCAUCCCAGCCUAUGGUCAGGACCAAGACCUUGUUCAUAACAAACCAUGUUCCCACAAUUCCUCCAGUCCAUUGUGGGCAGGCAUAAAGACAGAGGGGGGUCUGAGCCAAUCCCAGUCCCCUGGACAGACGGGCUUCCUAAGCUACAGCUCCGGCUUCACCACGCCGCAGACAGGACAGGCCCCCUACAGUUACCAGAUGCAGGGUGGUACUUUCACAACAACAUCAGGAUUGUAUGCAGGAAACAACUCCCUGACAAACUCGACCGGCUUCAACAGCACACAACAGGAAUACCCCAGUUAUCCAGCCUUUGGCCAGGGGCAGUAUGCUCAGUAUUACAACAGCUCACCCUACACUUCACCCUACAUGACAAGUAACAACACCAGCCCCAGCACGCCCUCCACCACCACCACCUACACCCUCCAGGAGCCACCCACUGGCAUAACCAGCCAGGCCCUCACAGAGAACCCUGCAGCAGUAGAGUACAGUACCAUCCACAGUCCAUCAACCCCCAUUAAAGAUUCAGAUUCAGAUCGAUUGCGCCGGGCCUCGGAUGGAAAGUCACGUGGCCGGGGAAGAAGGAACAACAACCCAUCACCGCCGCCUGACUCCGACCUUGAGCGAGUUUUCAUCUGGGACCUGGAUGAAACAAUCAUCGUUUUCCAUUCCUUGCUUACGGGUUCUUAUGCCAACAGAUAUGGACGGGAUCCGCCAACAUCUGUAUCACUAGGCCUGAGGAUGGAAGAAAUGAUCUUCAACUUGGCCGACACACACUUAUUCUUUAACGACUUAGAGGAAUGUGACCAGGUUCAUAUUGACGACGUAUCCUCCGAUGACAACGGGCAGGAUCUGAGUACGUAUAACUUCGGCGCUGACGGUUUCCAUGCAGCGGCGACCAGUGCCAACCUAUGUCUGGCCACAGGCGUGCGGGGAGGCGUGGAUUGGAUGAGAAAACUGGCCUUCCGCUACAGACGAGUAAAAGAAAUCUACACCACCUACAAAAAUAACGUCGGAGGUCUGCUGGGCCCAGCCAAAAGGGAAGCCUGGUUGCAAUUGCGAGCAGAAAUUGAAGCCUUGACGGACUCCUGGUUAACACUGGCACUGAAAGCACUAACAUUAAUCCACUCAAGGUCAAACUGUGUGAAUAUCCUGGUGACCACCACGCAGCUCAUCCCUGCCCUGGCUAAGGUGCUGCUCUACGGCUUGGGAAUAGUCUUUCCUAUCGAGAAUAUUUAUAGUGCAACCAAAAUAGGGAAAGAGAGCUGCUUCGAGAGAGUAAUUCAAAGGUUCGGGAGGAAAGUUGUUUACAUUGUUGUUGGAGAUGGUGUGGAAGAGGAGCAAGGCUCAAAAAAAGCACAACAUGCCCUUCUGGAGGAUCUCCAGCCAUUCAGACCUCAUGGCCCUCCACCACGCUCUAGACCUGGAGUACUUGUAGCACUACACCACGAUCGUACGCCCAGCUCUGCCUCGGCACACCCUGCAACCUUUCACCUUCACCCUCCAGCCCCGUCCCACGCUUGCCGCGGACCCUGCAGCUCAGAAAAGGCCCCCCUGCGCUGCCUGGCGUCUGUCUUCCACUACACAGGAAGAAAGGAAGAGGAGAAUGGAAAAAAAAAGGCUGAGCACACGGUUAAUGUGCUGACAUACGGUCACACUUCGUCUUAACCCUAAACUCUUUUUUUGUGUUUUUUAUUUUUUUGGAAGCGAAGGAGAGAGGUGAAUUUAUGGCGCUGCAGCUGCUUGCCCUGGUUACUGUGAAUUGGCCGCUUUCUGAAGCUGUCAAAGUGUUUUACGGCCCCCUGUUUGUGCCGGGACUCUGUCAGGGUUCACACCUGUGAGGGGAGCAGAGCUACUGAUGGCCUCGCCUGCCUCGCCUCACCUCGCCACAGAACUCGGCUACAAUUAACCUAAAGGCCCACGACUACUGGUGGUGACAUUUCUCCGUCCCUCUAGCUCUUCCCUUUGCUCUUCACCUCCCGUCUCUGUCUGUUCUUUAUCCGUCUACCUACUUUUUAGUCUCUCCCCCAUCAUGGGACGGACAGACAAAGUGACUGCUCCUCUGUUAACUGUCGGCCUGGGAGUCCUGUGCUUCUUAUUUAUGAACGGAGACUUUGUGAGUGGCACCGUGCCACUGAGAAGGUACCUCAAUGACAAAAGACUCGUGCCUUUUACAAAGUACUAUUGAUUUCCACCACAGCGAGAGGAAGACGUUUAUGGAAGAAACAAGAAAAUGGGGUUUUCUAAUAAUUUAAGAAAAUAAACAAAAAACUUUAUUUACAAUGCUGAGACAAUCGUGUAUAGAGGAAAUCUUUUUUUGUGUGUGUAAGUUUGUAAUCACUGGACUAUUCCUUCCUAUAUUCAUUUAGGUACGUGCUCUUGAAAGGUGGCAAUGCUUUUUCAUUGAAGUAAAAAAAAUAAUAAUAAUAAAAGGCAUCCCAUCGCACAUAAGCUUGUGCGACCGCUCAAAGUGUUGAUGUGUUCAAGUUUUGUUCAGUAAACAAAUAUGUAGAUAAUGGGAUUUUGUGAUAAAUUGUUUUGUCAAGACCAAAAGCAUGGAUGUCAAGUGUCAAUGACCUUUCAUUCGAUUCUGUGAUGUUUCUCGUCCUUACAGGAAACUUCAGUCACAUCUUUAUACAGCAUAACAGGUCUCCUCUACUGCAAGUCCUUUUUAGAUUCAUAUUUUAAAGGGAAAGAGGCAUUUGUUGUUUUUGUUUUUUUAGUUAUACAAAAAAGGUAGCUCACAACUUGUGUCCUUACGGCAUUUCACCAGCUUGCAGCCCUGACCCCGUAUAUUUGGAAGCAAACUUAAUCCUGAUGAGGGUUUUCGGAUAUGGCAUGGAAGUGAGCGAACUCCUGAGAGCCAUUUUAUGAAACAAAUUUAAAUAAAUCUGAGAUUUAAAAAAAAAAAGCAGGCUUGAAUAGGUUUUAUUAUCUUUUAUACAAGCGCUAUAACAACUCUUGUACAGCAAGCGUAAUUUUGUAUGAUGUAGUGUUUUUAUUUCAACUUUGAAAAUACAUUCUGUGUCCCUCUUUGAAAAUUGUUGAAACACGUGAAGCCCUUUUCAUAAUGCUUCUACAUCUGUGGAUGGGGCAACCAUAAUUAACGUUUAAAGAAAAGCCACUAACUUCGAGGGGUUUGUGAACAUACAGGACAUGUGCUAUCGACUGUGAAUUUCUUAAACAGAGACCGAUUCGUUGCGUCUCUGAUUUUUCCCUCCUUUGCACAUGAUCACUGUUGGCCUUUACAUUUCAAUUUGGAUACCCCGCCCCGCCCCGACCGCCACCUCCCUCCAACCCCCAUCUUCUCAAAACAACUUCUUCCCCCACGCUCCUGGGGUAUCUACAUAUUGCUGCUAGAUCAAGGUAAUGGUAGGUAAAUAGAGGAAAUGUUUUAUAGAUUCAUACAGCACGCUUUUUUUUUAUUAUGUUGCAAUCAUAAAUGCAAACUGGAAAUACUUUACACUACAUGGGCCUCAUUGUGAAACGCAAAAGAUUGUUGUGUCUGCAAAAUAUGUGUACAGAUGUUUUUGACAUUAUUAUUUGAUUGUGUUUAAAUUAAUAAAACUGAUUUGUGAACUGUUA